AUGAAAGCCGAUUUGACACCAGUUCACUUCUUCUCCCAUGGAUCAACCAUGAUGCUGGGAGAAGAAUCCGAGUCAGCCGACUAUUGGAAAAAGGCUGGCGACCAAGCUCUAGCAAACAAGCUCAAAGGAGUAAUCAUGAUGGGCGCUCAUUGGGAUGCAGAAGGAGAUCGCAUGGAAGUUGCCAUGAACCCCAAACCAGGCAAAUCCCCCGUCGCAUACGUUCACCCAUCAAAAUACGUCGAUUACGAACUUGUUCCCGAUCUACCGACUGGUGAAAAGUGUAUUUCCCUGUUAAAGAACGCCGGCUUCAACGUUUCAGCCAAUGCAAACUUUGAAUGGAUCCACGAUACAUACCUUAUCCUCAUUCGCAUGUUUCCCAACGGCUGCCCUCCUACGACUCUUAUCUCUAUGAACGCUCGGUUCGAUCCACACUACCAUAUGCGCGUCGGCGCCACCCUUCGCUCCCUCCGAAAAGAAGGUUACCUUAUAAUUGGGUCGGGUGGUGCGGUGCACAACCUGUACCGCAACAUCUGGGCACCAAUUGUGUAUUACUCUGACAACUUUGCGCAAGAGAAGCCACCUGAAUCGUGGGCUCUGGAGUUUCGACAGGCUGUGGAAGAUGUGAUUAAGAACAACAGUGGACCAAGAUUGAGGAGGGCGAUGACAAGAUUGAUGAAGCAUCCUUGCUACAGAGAUGCACAUGCUACAGAUGAUCACUUCAUGUCGGCUAUGUUUGUGGCGGGGGCUGCAGGCGAUGAAGAGGAUGAUGGUGUGUAUGGUGAGCUCAAGGCGGAGGAUUGGGAGUUGACAAAUAUGUGCAACAGUCAAUUUACUUUUGGAACAUGGCCCAGGACUCUUGGAGUGGCUGCAUAG